AUGGACCAAUCCGGCAACUGCGACGGCCUGCCAAGCACCGCAACAGGGCCACGCCUGGUGGGCAGCGGCCAUGACAAGGAACGCCGUCGUUCUUCGACUUUUGUUGUCGCCUCCGCAGAGCGCUCCCAAAUCUCCGGCCUCCAUGAUGGCAAUAUUUCCAAUUCCACGGAAGAAGCGUCGCUCGUGCACACGGCAACGCACCCAGGAGGCCGGGAUCGACAGAACCUGCAGGAGGGCGCCCGGUGGGGCGACAUCAACUCAAAAUCAAAGCCCAGCCAAUGGUGUCGCCGCUCUCUCGACUGGGCUUUCGUCGCGCCAAGGCCAGCAGAAACAUUUAUCAUGCUCCCGCCUCCCAAGUCGCCGCCAAACAGUGACGACACCUCGAACCCCCAGCUGCCCAGGGAUCUCCUGUACGUUAGCUAUGCGACCCCACCGAGGGUGCAAGUGAUCGCUUCCACGGCUAGACUUGACUGGUAUCAGCUUGCUGCACUUGUAGCAUUGUCGAUGAGGCAACCCCAAGACUUUGGCAACACCGCCGAGACCACCACACAUGGCAGCAGCCUAACUCCGCCCGUGAUAUGA